GGUGCGGGAUGGGGCCGGGGCCGGGGCCGGGGCCGAGGGGCCGGCGGCGGCGCUGAGCGGGGGGGGCCCGGCGGGGCCGGGGGGGGGGCGGGUGGGGGGGGGGGGGUCCGUUGCGGCGCCCCCCGCUGCCGGCGCCAUGGGCGAAUGGACCAUCCUGGAGCGGCUGCUGGAGGCGGCGGUGCAGCAGCACUCCACCAUGAUCGGGAGGAUCCUGCUGACGGUGGUGGUCAUCUUCCGCAUCCUCAUCGUGGCCAUCGUGGGGGAGACGGUGUACGAGGACGAGCAGACCAUGUUCAUGUGCAACACCCUGCAGCCGGGCUGCAACCAGGCAUGCUACGACAAGGCCUUCCCCAUCUCCCACAUCCGCUACUGGGUCUUCCAGAUCAUCCUGGUCUGCACCCCCAGCCUCUGCUUCAUCACCUACUCCGUCCACCAGUCGGCCAAGCCGGAACGCCGCUAUUCCUUCCUCUACCCGCUCUUGGAAAACCGCGACGCCAAAAAACCCAAAGCCCUCAACGGGGCGCCGGCGCCCGGCCCCGAGGGGGGUUGCAAGGAGGAAGCCGAGGCUUUGGAAACCAAAGAGCUGCCGGGACCCCCCCAACGCCCCCCGCCCCGCGCUUCCAAAACCAAACGCCAAGAAGGCAUUUCCCGCUUUUACGUCAUCCAGGUGGUUUUCCGUAACGCUCUGGAAAUCGGUUUUUUAGCCGGUCAGUAUUUCCUCUACGGUUUCAACGUGCCGGCCAUUUUCGAGUGCGACCGUUACCCCUGCGUCAAGGAGGUGGAGUGUUACGUCUCCCGCCCCACGGAAAAAACCGUCUUCCUGGUCUUCAUGUUCGCCGUCAGCGGCGUCUGCGUCCUCCUCAACCUGGCCGAGCUCAACCACCUGGGCUGGCGCAAGGUCAAGGCCGCCGUCCGCGGGGCGCAGGCGCGGCGCAAUCCCUGGUGGAAAUCCGAAAAAAGGACUUCCCCCCCCCCCAGCCCCCGCCGCCCCCCGCCGCCCCCCGCCCUGGCCGCAACGCAGUCCAGCGAGUCCGCCUACGUCUGAACAGCCCUGUGUGCCC